AUGGUUGGCUCACUGAGAUAUGUGUGCAAUAGUAGGCCUGAUAUCUGCUACGCAGUGAGUGUCAUUAACAUAUUUAUGCAUGAUCCAAGGAAGCCUCAAUUGAUAGCUGCAGAGAGGAUCCUUAGAUACCUUAAAGGGACUUUGGAGUUUGGUUUACUAUUUCCAAUUGGUACAAACAGUGAAGGGAGUGCCUUAAUAGGAUAUUCAGAUAGUGAUUGGUGUAGAGACAUAAUUGAUAGGAGGAGUACAUCAGUUUAUGUUUUCAAAUACAACAAUGUUGCAAUCUCAUGGUGCACAAAGAAACAAUCAGUGAUUCCACUUUCAUCACGUGAAGCUGAGUAUAUAGCAGGCACAUUUGCAGCAUGCCAAGCAAUUUGGUUGAAUUCAGUGAUGAAGGAGAUCAAAUGUGAACCAGUAAAGCCUCUAAUUCUUAGGAUUGAUAACAAGUCUGCAAUAAGUCUUGCUAAAAAUCCAAUCUCUCAUGGCAGGAGCAAACAUAUUGAUACCAGGUUUCAUUUCAUAAGGGAACAGCUUGCUGAUGGUUUUACUAAAGCAGUAAAACUUGACAGGUUUGAAUUUUUGAGAAAGAAUUUGGGCAUGGUUACUUGUGAAUCAGUUUUGGAUUAA